AUGACAUCCUCUUAUAAUCAACCAGGCGGCUUUACUGGGCCACCUCACGAUAAUACGAAUUCGAUGCAAUUCAAUCCCACAGCCUCCUCAGGUCAAUUAAAUACCCAAGGUAUUUACCCUGCCCAACAGACCACCAACGUCACCCCAAAUCCUUCUCUAAACGCACCCAUGUCUCAUCCAAACUUCACCCCAUCCGAAGCUGUCAAGCAUCGACAGCGAACUUUUCUCGCAGGAUUGGCCAGCGCCCAUGCUACCCGCGUUCCCUUACCGCCAGCUUUAACUGGAAACCCAUACCCACCCAAUUAUGACCCUACAAAUUCGCAAUGGAAAUCUCUGGACUGCCCACCAGGUCAGCCGGGUGUUAUCCGCUUGGGUGGAAAGGACAUCGAUCUCCUGAGGUUAUGGCAAAUUGUAACUCAAUUGGGAGGAUGGCAAAAAAUCACACAACAACAAAAUGGCUGGGCACAAGUUGCUCACCAGUUCGACCUGCCAGAGUUCCUUCCUCACCUAUCGAAUUCUGGGCAGCAGCGCCCCGUUGGUCAAAUUCUGGGACAUUUAUACGCUGCCAUCUUACAGCCAUUUGACGAGUUUUACCGUCGUAAUAUGCAGGAGGGCAACCGUAGGGCAAUGGCGGCUGGACGCCAGCCAGGCGUUAACGCUGGGCCUCCCAACGUGAAUGCAGUGCCUGGUGCACCUCAUGUAGGAUUGCAACAAGGAGCAGUUGCUCCGAACGCAGUCGGCAACAUGAUGACGCAACACGCGGUUAACAAUCAAAAUUCCACUAUCAGCCCUGCCUCUCAGUCACAGCCAUUACCGCAAAGUCCUCAUUUACGCCAGUCUUCUGCACCCAAUUUUCAAUCACCCGCUGUUCCCUCAGACCCCACACCUCAGGCGUCAUCCCAACUCAACGCUUCAAUUUCUGCGCCCCAGCUUACGAAACCAACACCGGAUGCAUCUGAACCAGAAACUCAAGGGGCAAAAAGAAGACUAGAGUCCGAAGAGGCAGAAGGGAAACGAGCAAGGCAAAAGACAGAUCCGCCAGAUACCACCGAGACCACUAAUACCACGACACCACAUGGAUCCGCUGCCCCCUCACGUACACAAUUUACGAGGACAAAAGUCGAGUACAUUCCCCUGUCACGUGAAAUUGAUUUCACUGGUGGCCGUGAUUUCAACGUGCUGGAGGAGGAUUAUCUUCGGUCUCAGCGGCGGCCCAUGCGUGAUAUCAAUGAGUGGGGCACAGUUGACAUUGAAUCCCUUACGAUGUCCAUCCGAUCGCGACUGAAUGCCGAGCUUUCCUAUGCUCUAACCACAAUCACGUUGUUAUCUACGAUGCGGGGUCCAACCCCUGGGUCUGGAUUUCCCAUUUCCCAGUGCACAGAUUUGCUCGAGGAGGUGCUAGAUCUACUUGAGGAGGAAGCAUUUGGGACCACCCCCGACAUCACAGAUUAUCGGCUUGGCAAUGGUGCCGAGAUGGUGCGACAUCGGGCGCUCGUAGAUGAUGUUUUCGAGAAGGAAUCUAUGCUCUUUGCAGGGCUAGAAAUUCGUGAUCCUCAGUAUGAGACACGUGGUCCAGGCCACCGCGCAGGGAAUAUUGUGCUCACUGUGACUAACCUCAUACGAAACCUUUCUGUCACCCCGGACAAUAUGCCCUGUCUGUCGAGACACGAACGCACACUCAAUCUUGUGCUACGUGUUUGUGGUAUUACCAUGUCAUCAGACGGAACACCCAAACCAGCUUCACCGGCACUUACUCUUUCAGACGUGAUCAAUGUUCGAAAAGAUGCACUCCAUAUUUUUGGUAAUCUGUCGAAUUACAUCGUGUUCUCGAAUCCUAACUCUCCAUCGAAUGCAACAACUCUCACUGCGAGCCGCAUCCUUGAAAUCAUCGCGUCUAUCCUCAUAGAGCCCUUCGACUCAGUUCCCCCCACACAAUUCCUCAAACAAAGUGGAGUUCCUUUCUCGCAUAGUAGGCCAUCAUCUAUUGCCGACCUUGCCCUCGACGUUUUCACCCGCCUCGGUCAGCUGGACUCUAAUCGGCAGGUUUUCUCUAGGGUUAUGCCCCAAUCUCUCAUCUGGCGACUAUUGAAGUCCCUCGUUCAUCGUCUACCAGUAUCAGACCUCGACUUUGCUUUCCUCAACCGGGACCCAUGGUUAUCUUACUUGGAAAAAUCAAUUAUGGCAAUUUAUACGAUCGCAUUCUUUUCUCCCCCGGAACUAAAGAAGAAGAUCAAAACAGAUCGCCCUCUGUGUUUCUCACAGGUUAUGAUUCGUAUAGUGCAACGAUUUGUAUCAAUGGGUGGGAGCCCAGAGGUGCGCCAGUGGCACCUUGCCGUUGCACGAAGAGUGGUAGAAGCCAUGAAAGUGGUAGAUGAAGAGGAUGAUGCUUUUGACACCUCGCAGUCCACUCAAACCCCAUUGGCAUUUGGCAUGGGCUUUAUCGAUGGUAAUGAUCCUGGUAUUGAAAAGGGUAUAGGGUUACUUGCUAGCCGUCGGGACGCUGCUUGGGAAUUGUUGAUGCGAGAUCUGGAUCCUGUGAUGUUUUCAGAGCUGGAGAGUUUGAUGAGAGUUGAAUGUUAGCCUGUUGCUCGGCUCGCGGUACGAUACUGUUGGUUAUAACGUGUUGUAUACUAACCCCUAGUGCUCUGCACAUUUUGUUGUCGAUACUAUGUAAUUCUGGAUAUCCAUGUCAACUGUCGAAUUUGUUGUCCUCCCAGACAUUUGAUCUGUAGAAUUAUUAAUUUUUGACUUUCUGACUUA